GCCACAUCAACUGGUCAAAACAAGACGUUGAAUUAUACCAGUCUGAGUUACCAAAGAUGCCUGAUCCCCCAUACUGGCGAGGACUUGCAACACACAUUACGUGACGUCACCAACUAUGCCGUCAUUCCACUCGACUUGCUGUUGGCUCUUCUGUCAUUCAUAAGUAACUUCAUUGUUUUGAUUGCUGUGGUAAAAACACGAACCCUACAGCAUCCUUCGUUGCUUCUGCUUUGCAGUUUGUCAAUAACUGACUUGUUGUGGGCAUCAUCCGCAUUUGCUAAAGGCAUAAAAACGUAUGCAGAUGAAGACUUUUGCCCAGGUCAGAUACUCCUAAAUUUAUAAACUGUUUUAACCUUACUUUGGUAGAUUUUAUUUUAUACCCCUCGGCGGGCGGGAAGGGGAUGAUCCCCAUAUAAGGUCUAAACGUCCCACCCCUUAUUCCCCCUAGGGUCCCUUCCCCCUGUCCUGUCUCACUUAUGAGCGAUCAAUGGGACAGUAGGGACCUUAAGAUCCGAGGACGGCGAGAGCAUAGAAAACGUCGCUGAAAAAGUGAAUUCGUGUUAUUUCAAUCUUCAUCGCGAUUACUCCAACUUACUAACUUUGUGAAAUUUAGGCGACCCCUUCCAAAGUUGAAUUCCUAAGAACCAUAUCCAAGUUCAGGAAGAGAGAGGAAAUUUUCCCGUCGCUUGGGUACUUCCUUGGGUACUACAUCGUGAAAUUAGGCAUUUUGACUUCGUAGUCGUGCAGUGACGGCAAAGAAAUGUACAAAAAAUUCACGUGCAAAAUUGUUGUUUUGCUAAUUAAACCUAUUGCUUUUGUGGCGUUCCCGUUGCCGUUGCUGUCGUCGGAUCUUAAGGUCCUUAUUAAGAUCCGAGGACAGCGGCGGCAACGAGAACGUAAAUUAAAAAAGCAAUAGGCUGAAUAAACAAAACAUCAACAGUUUGCACUUGCGUCACACUUUUUUGUUCAUUUCUGUGCCGUCACUGCACGACUACGACGUGAAGAUACCUGAUUUCACGUUUUAUGGAGGACGUAAAUAAUCGCCCACAUUUGAUAAAGACGGUGGGUUGGAAUAAUCGCGAUGACUCAUAAAAAAGAACGCGAUUUCCUAUCACUCUUUUAGCUACAUUUUCGCCGUCCUCGGAACUUAGGGUCCGUUAUAGCUUGCCCCUGAGUCGAUGACCUUGAGUUUGACGGGAACGGAUUUCCGACAUGAAUUUAACAACACUCGCAAAUUUGAAUUUACAGCUCCGGGAUCUUACGCAGUAAUUCUGGGCGUAGAGCAUGACUAAAACCGAGAAACACUUCAUCUACAAAAGCUCGAAUCAACGUUCUAAAUUUUCUGAAAUAGUCAUAAGUUAAUAGGCAGUAUUCAUUAAUAUGUUUUUAUGGAUGUAUGAAAAAAGAAAUCUGGAAAAAAAAUUAUGUGUCAGGAUAAAACCAUCUGAAAGAUUUUCCUCCUUGUCGUUGCUUCUUUGGUCAUCCUGGGUAUGUUGGCGACCUGGUGGGCGACUCAAACAUACUCAGUAUUGAUAUUUUGCUCUUGUUUUACAGAAUUAUCUGGUAAAUAUUCGAGGGGUUUUUCAUUAUUGUGCUGGGUGUCUACGUUAGGUAACUUGGCGAUUAUCAGCAGAGACCGCUUUCUGCCAUUGAGCAAGCCUUGGUGGUACCGUAAUCACGUGACACGAUCACGUGUUGUGAAGCAAGCAAUUCUGGUCUGGAUAUCGGCUGUGUUAUUGGCCAUAUCUAUAUUCGCCUCAUUUGACUUGGCAGCAACGCCUGCUGUCUUUGCAUAUUACCUUAUAUCUCUUAUUGUUAUUGUUUAUUCUUAUAUUGGAAUUUUCAUCGCAAACAAACGUCAAAGGCGGGCGGUACACCAGCACGGAGCUGAAAUACUCGCUGUUGUAGCACGCGAAAGGAAAUUGGCCAACACAGUUUGA